AUGCUCUUCUCCAAGCUCGCUUUCGUUUCUGCCUUUGCGGCUCUCACUGCGGCUCAAGACACCAAUUUCGACUUUGACAACAUCCCCGCUGAGUGCACCGAUGUUUGCGCACAAGUUGGUGCAGCCGUGAACGGCUGCAAGAACGACAGCAACGACGAUUCAUCCGCUGUACUCCAGUGCAUCUGCACAGCCAACAACGCCAACACGCUCAUCCCGAAUUGCGAGGCUUGCGUCAGACAGUACAACGACAACGACAACGAUGACGACAGCGACCAAUACCGUCUCUUGACCGACUGCUCAUACAGCACCACCACCGUUGCUGCGGGUGGCGCAGGCGCUGCGCAAACAACCGCUGUCGACACCAACACCGUUUCAGUCACAAACACUGUCUCUGUCACUGACGUUAUCUCGACUACUUCUGUUGCUGUUAUCGUUACCACUGGUAGUGAUGGCUUGGUUGCUACUACCACUCAGACCAACACCAACACUGUGGCGGCAAGUGCCACCAAUAACCCCGCUGCUAUCCACACUGCGGGUGCUGCUAUGGGUCUUGGUGCUCUUGGGUUUGUUAUUGGCAUGUUGUAA